AUGCCUUCGAGAAACUCCGAAAGCGCCAAAACAAAUCGACCUGUUUGUUUCAACUUUGAGGUACCAUGUGAAGACUGCAUCCAGCCUGUAACUUUCGUGGACAUACCAAAGUUUUAUAUCACAGGCGAGUCCAUAGUGUUGAACUACACCAUCUUGAAAAGUUUCAACCCGAAAUCCGAAGACUGGUUGGGUCUCUUCAAAUGUUGUCGCCAUUUAGAUAAAUGCUUCGAGUUUGUCGGUUUUAAAUGGGCCCAGAAGAAACCGACAUUUAAAUAUAGACCACUUGCUCGAACUGUCGUAUUCCACCCUGAAGAUAUCGAAGUUGAGACAUCGGAUGAUAAGUAUCUCUUUUUGUAUCUAACCACUAAUGAAAGAAUAAUCGGUCAAAGUUCGCUGUUCGAUUUUAGAAAGUACUCUCCCACCCCGAAGGACGUCAUUGAAUUUUUAAAACCACAAAACCUGGUCGACGAAGAAAUGGAUGACGUUGAAAGAGUUGAGAAUGAAGAAGAGAAACAAGAAACUGCUUCGGCUGAAAACUCCGAUGAAGAAUCCGACAAAUUUAAAACUCUUGUUCAUAUAACUAAACCGGAACUCCCGGCAAAAUCUUGGAUGAAAAAUAAGGAAUUCUAUAAAAUACAACAAAAGCAUCAAAUUACGAAUGUCAAAAAAUCGGAAAAAAGCAAAAUCGAAUUUGCUGAGACCGAUGAGAAGGAAGCUGUUAAAGAUGAACACACGAAAAAAGUGUAUACCAUAAAAGAAGAAUCAGUCGCUGAAAUUGACGAGGACUCAGUACAAUCUUCAGUUCAGCAUGUGCCAGAUAUGAUUCGAAUUUUCGAAAAACUCAUCCAUCAAGAAUCAGCUCUUGUCGAUCGAGUUAACAGAAUUGAGAAAAAAAAUGAAGAAUUUGUGAACGCCCAAGUGACGAUACAAGAACAAAUUUUUCAGUACAUGAAAAACAUUGAAAAACUGACUAAACCAGAAAAUCAAGUAUCUAAAACUCAACAAACCGAUUAUGUUAAGCCGAGAAGAAAAUUGCCAAAAAUAAUUACAGAUGCUCUAGCUCCGCCAAAAAAUUUGAGAUAUUAUUUUCCAAAAGAUAGCGUGAAAAAAACAUUUUCAGGCUCUGAAAUGGCUUUUAAGUAUCUCUUCAAUGAUCUUAAACAGGAUAAAUUGAAAGUACACAUUUCAGAUGAGAUGAUCGAAGAGGAAGAAGCGCCACUGAUUGAAUCAAAUAAAACGACGGAAGUGAGAAAAGUAGCAACAGACAUAUCAGAUUUAUUGAAAAAAUUAAUGAAAGACGUCGAUAACAGUGCUUCUAAAAAAAUCGGGACAUCUCUCAGUCUGCAGAAUAACAUUAAAAAGGAAGGCAGAACAAUUAAUUUUGACGAUUUCAACCGUUUACUAAAGAAAAAGAAAUCUUUACAGAUGUCCGUGCAACCAAAGAAUCAGAACACGUAUUCAGGAAGCAAUAUUGCAAUUGAUUUACUUUUUGAUCAAAAUUCUGGCCCAUCAGAUGUUGUUCAAACGGAUAACAUCGUACAGUCAACCAAUGCACAAGAGAAAAAAACAUGUUCACUAAAAGUUACUUUAAGCAAUCAACAAGAUUUGAACCAGUCGGUUUUAGAAAUGACCUUGAACGAUUUUUUGUUUGGAAUUUGUGACAAUGAGCCGGUAUUGUUAGACAUAUGCAAAAAUGAUGAGCCACGAAAAAGUAAAAAAGUAAAAACUAUAAACACGGAAUUAAACGGAACAGGAGGCGAAAAUAAUAAUUUGGAAACAAUCUUGACAACAACCAGUGAUGUAGUCGAGCAGUUUAAAAACAGGUCAUUGAAGGAGAAACUUUUAACAUCAUCCAGCUAUCCAACGGGCAAACAACAACUUUCUGCAGCUUGUCAACGGUUACAGCAAUUAAAAGAUAAAAUGUUCUCUACAAAAACCAGUUAUAAAACAUGUUUAGAAGAUGAAAAAAUUAGCAACGCAUCCAUGGCUGUUCAAAUAGGAUCAGCUGAAGAAACAUCAGCGGCAGUUCUAUCUUCAACACCAGCCGUAACAAGAUUAACGUUGAUGGACAGUUAUGAAAUUCUCUCUCCCUCACGUCAAGAGGAUUUUGAUUACAAUCGCGGCGUCAAACAAGAUCACACCACAAAAUUACUUCUGAUAAGAGAUAUCUUGCAAUCUGAUGUUACGGAUGAAGAAAAAAUAUUGAAUAUUGAACAAUUGACUUCAAUGUCAUCGGCUAAAACCAACAGGCUCAAAAAGCAAUAUCAAUACAGAUUUUGGAACAAAAAGAACAAGAAAAUGUUUGGACGAAACGUAAAAACCGAACAUGAGACUUCAGAUACAUCAGGAGAAUCCAGCAAAACUGAAGAAUCCGCUGUUAGUUUUCCUGACCGUAUAAUAAAAAAUGAGUUUAGCGGUCGAAAAAAGUCUAAAAAAUUAAAAAGAAAUAAAUUUGGCAGAAAUAAAUUUACUCAAACAAUCGAAGCAACAACGACUAAAGCUGAAAGCCAAACAUCAGAAAGCAGCCUGGACGAUAAUUUAAACUUUCCAAAACUUGUAAGAAAGCCAUUACCAAGUUCAAUUAUUCCAGUUUUGCUUUCUGAUUCGAAAAAUUCUAUUCAUGCCUCUUCCGAGGAAGAUUUCAAGGCAAAACCAAUUUUGAAAAAGAAAGCCUCACCACUGCCGCAACCAACUAAAGAAUGCGGACAGAACGCCCGCAAAACAUCAGUAACCUUUUUAGUAGACGCUUCCAUUCAGUGUGAAGCAAGUGAUUUUGAUAAAAUAAACGAAGACACUGACAACUCAAGCCUCAAAACGUUGAUUGAUAAGCGUGUAGUUGAUGUGAAGUCCAACCACAGUGACACAACGAGCCAGGAGGAGGAUCAAGUUGGUCACAAGCGAGAGAGGAAGGUCAGCUUCAACACUAUAAUAUUAACAAGUUUAUUCGACAACGAAGAAAAUGAAAAGGAAGAUCAAAAUGGAAAUAUUAAAACAAUCAAACCUAACGGCAAAUCAACAUGGCCGAACAAAGAACCGCAUGAUGUCAACACAACCAAAAUACCUCCAGUUCACCAAUUUUUAGAUUUUAUCGAAAAAGAAGUGAAAAACGUUUCAGAGAACACUGCGGUCCUUCAAAAUUCACUGAACAAAGCCAUGAGAAUUUUUAAAGCCGAGGCAGUUAUGCUUAAAGAUAAAUCAGCUGAAGUACUGACAAAGGCCAUUAGAGCAAUCUCUCCGCAAAGGACCAUCGUAGAAAGAAAACCCUCUCCCGCUAAGAUAGAAAUUAAACUCACUUCUGUCGCUCCAGUUACGAACGCAAAAACUAGAAUAUCUAGAAGUAGAUCUAACGAACCUCGCUUAACGAAUAAGAGCAGUCCUAAAGAUAUGAUCAAAUUAAGCCCGCCUGCUUCAGAAAACUUUACAGAAACUGAAAAGAAAAAAACUCUAAAUCUGCAAGUAAUUGAAAAAAACGAUCUUGUAAAAAAUCAGCUCGUUAAAACGGAUAAAGAUUUAGAUUACUUGCGUAAAGAAAUAGAAUUGCAAAUGUUUUUACAAAAUUUUCUUCGGCAGGUACAAACGCUAACUGAUAAUGACAGCAGCUCCGUGCAGGCGUCCGAUGAUUCAAAACCAGCAGAAAAAUCACCGACUGAAAGUGUUUCGCCGACAUUCAAAAAAUCGGCAGAGGAUAUAAAAGUUUCAGAUGACGAAGCGCAUCACAUAAGAAAAACAAUAUCCGAUUCUUCAAAAGUACCUCAAUAUUUCUGGGAAUACAAGAUAAACAAAAGGAAGGAAAGUUCAAAAAAUGAAUCCAACACGUCACUAGUCAACAACCCAGAAACGCCCGUUGUUUCUCUGUAUUCGCAAAGUGAUUGUUAUAAAAGUUCGUACACCGUGGGAACACAAUCCCUCAUCAAUUCCUUCUCUCCGCAAUCUAGUCGACCGGAGCGACAGCGAAUAUCCGGAUUGAUGUUGCUGCAAUCAUUUGAUUCAACCAUCUCGAACAUCGUCAAACUCUACAACAACUUCACCAGUUACGCUUUCUCUUCUUUAACAAGUUCUAACUUUACAUUUUUGCAGCCGACCAAUCCUAACCAACUUCAGCGAACGGACGCAGAUAACAACACAUUCGUGGAUCCCGAUUCAUUCCCUCCAUACACGGGACCCAACCCAUCCAGAUCGGAAUCUAAUGAAUCAGAGGCGAGCGGAGAACAAGAGAUAAAUUAUGAACACAAAUCAAACUUUGAUUUGGAAUAUGUCGUCGAUAAAAUAGAAAACACGACAUCCCUACCUAUGAGUUUUAGCCAUUCGAAUGAAGAGACAAAAGAAAUGACGUCACCUAAACACGAGAGCAUUGAAUUAGACAUCAUCAGUUCUCUAUUCAAAACUGACGACGAGAAGACAAACGUGGACCCCGUACUGGACGCCUCUGUCCAGGACAACGUCGAAGAGUUCAAGGAGGAGAGCAAGGAGAUGGACGUAGAAGUCACCCCCCAACACCACCCAACCAUAAUUGUAGACGAAAAAGAAAAGAACGACAUAAUCAUUGAAGAACUAAAUCGAGAUUUGAUCGCCACCGCCAAAGAAAUCGUCGAAGCCACCAAGUCGGUAGAAUUCUGCCUGACUUGCUCCGAUGAAUUUCCACUUUUGAAAAAUGCAAUUGAAUCACCAAAGAGCAAACGAUCGAAUUCUGUAACGAGUGGAAAGUCAAAGAAAAAGAAAAAAGAUUAA